GAAUACCCAGCACAAUGCUUAAACAAGCUUCAGUACUCCUGUGCGUGGUGGCGCUGAGCCUCGCUGAUUCUGUAUACCCCAAAGGAGGAUAUAAUAAAGGAUAUAGCAAAGGAUGGCCCAUGAACGGAUACGGAAGAGGCUACAUGGGAAACAUGAUGGGCGGAUAUGGCCCAGGAAACAUGGGAUGGGGCCCAAGUAUGGGAAAUGGAAGAUGGGGAAUGAAUAACAUGGGAAUGGGAAAUGGUUUUAUGUACGGAAAUAUGAUGGGAAAUGGAUAUGGAAAUAUGAUGGGAAAUGGAAAUAUGAUGGGAAAUGGAUACGGAUGGGGAUAUCCUAUGGGAAACAGAUAUGGAUAUAACAUGAUGGGAAAUGGAUUUGGAAAUAUGAUGGGAAAUGGAAAUAUGAUGGGAAAUGGAAAUAUGAUGGGAAAUGGAUACGGAUGGGGAUAUCCUAUGGGAAACGGAUAUGGAUAUAACAUGAUGGGAAAUGGAUAUGGAAAUAUGAUGGGAAAUAGAUUUGGAAAUAUGAUGGGAUAUGGAAACUAUCCAGGUGGAAUGAACAAUAUGGGAAUGUGGGGUAAUUCUUAUUAUCCAGGUUCUAUGGGAAACGGUUACGGAAGGGGAUACAUGGGAAUGAACGGCUACGGAUGGGGAAAUAUGAAUAACAUGGGCGGAUACAAUGGUAAUCGAUGGGGAAUGAACGGAAAUAUGUACGGAAUUGGCGGAAGAGGAUACAGUGGAAUGUUCGGAAAAACCAUGAGCAAGAAGGGAUCAUAUUAGAUGCCUCACCAAUUUUCGUCCAACACAACUCAUUGUGUUCGAGUCCGAGCCGUCAACCUUUUCCGCUGGAACUGUCCAUGGAAAACACCAGGGCUCCUCUACACUGCACGUCCAUUUCAUUGUAAAUCUUUAGUUUUGUAAUUAAAUUUAUCAGCAGAUUUAACAAA